AUGUCUUCCAUGGCCCAUAUUCCCAACUACAACAACUUCCCCCCUCAGCCCACCAGCCCCGCCUUCCUUGAUGGGGGCACCAUCAGGGCCAUCUCAGAUCAUGUGAAGCAUUACAAGAUCCGAAAGCUGGACACGGGUGGCUACUACAUCACCGCGAGGGCCCAGUUUGACUCGGUGCAGGAGCUGGUGCAGCACUACAUGGAGGUGAACGACGGUCUGUGCUACCUGCUCACGGCGGCCUGCACCACCAUGAGGCCGCAAACGCUGGGCCUGGCCAAGGACGCCUGGGAGAUCAGCCGCAGCUCCAUCACGCUCGAGCGCCGGCUGGGCACUGGCUGCUUCGGGGACGUGUGGCUGGGCACGUGGAACGACAGCACGAAGGUGGCGGUGAAGACGCUGAAGCCGGGCACCAUGUCCCCGAAGGCCUUCCUGGAGGAGGCGCAGGUCAUGAAGUUGCUGCGACACGACAAGCUGGUGCAGCUGUACGCCGUGGUGUCGGAGGAGCCCAUCUACAUCGUGACCGAGUUCAUGUGCCACGGGAGCUUGCUGGAGUUCCUCAAGGACCGAGAGGGCCAGGAUUUGAUGCUGCCCCAGUUGGUGGACAUGGCAGCCCAGGUAGCCGAGGGCAUGGCCUACAUGGAGCGCAUGAACUACAUCCACCGGGACCUGAGGGCAGCCAACAUUCUCGUGGGGGAGCGGCUGGUGUGCAAGAUCGCUGACUUUGGGCUGGCCCGUCUCAUCGAGGAUGAUGAGUACAACCCGCAGCAAGGGGCCAAGUUUCCCAUCAAGUGGACAGCCCCAGAGGCGGCCCUUUAUGGCAGAUUCACCAUCAAGUCAGAUGUGUGGUCCUUUGGAAUCCUCCUCACUGAACUCAUCAGCAAGGGCCGAGUUCCUUACCCAGGCAUGAAUAACCGGGAAGUGUUGGAUCAGGUGGAGCAUGGCUACCACAUGACGUGCCCCCCGGGCUGCCCAGCAUCCCUGUACGAUGUCAUGUUGCAGACCUGGCGUCUGGAUCCGGAGGAGAGGCCUACCUUCGAGUACCUGCAGUCCUUCCUGGAGGACUACUUCACCUCCACAGAACCCCAGUACCAGCCUGGGGAUCAGACAUAGCUGGUUUGGGCAUCUGCCACCUCUCUGAGGGUGCCCACCAGCCCUUUUCAAUCCCCAGGGCUCUGGUCCCAAAGCCCCCAGGCUUAGAGCCCUAUAGAGUCCUAGCCUGUCAGAGCAAACUGUUUGCUCUGACGCCAUCAAGGGCAACCCACUCAUUUUAAAGAUAGACAAAUAGAGGCUCAGAGAUGAUCCCUUACCCAGUGUGGCCCAGGCAAUAUUUCUCCCUCCAAUUUAGGACCCUAUAUGCUUCUAGUCUCCCUACCUCCCCCCCCCAAAAGAAAUACUCAGACCUUGUCUAGUUAUUUAUAAAACUAUAUCCUUUCCCUCGCCUCCUACCCCUGCAUUCCUACCCUGCCAUCCCACCCUGGUCCAGGACCCCAGAAUUCAACUCCAGUCAUCUCUUGUGUCUGUAAGUUACAAAGAGAGGGAAAAACUUACCUGGAUCCCUUUCCUGUGGAAUGUACCCUGUAGUCCAGGACUGGGGUCCAAGGCCCAGAUUGAGGGAGAGGAUUGCUGAGGGCUUAUCCCCCCCCCCCCGAGUCAUGUGUGUAUGUGUAUUGAUUUUGUAAAUAAGAAAAAUGACAAUGUGAAUCCAU